UGUGCAUGAAGCAUCCCUGUGUUCCUGCAUCCCGGGUACCACCAUCCCAAUGGUGCUGGAUGUCCUGUGCUGCUCCAUUUGGACCUAUAGGUUGGGGGUCUAAGGUGGUGCCACAGGAGUGGGGUCUGGUCCCUAUGGAGGGAGUCCUGGUGUGUUCUGGUGUGCUGAACCUGGCUCUGGUUGGUGCCUGGUGAGAGGCUGGAUCCAUUCCCUUAUUAUCCAUAGUGAUCCAUCCUUAUCCCUUGUCCAGAUCACUUGUUCCCCAGUGUUAUCCACAGCUCAUCCAUUCCCAAGCACACAUCCAGCCCCGUGCAGCUGCGCAAGGAGCCAGCUCCGGCCUUGGCCCCUUGGCUCCUGCCGUAAGCGAUGGCUCUUAUCUCCCUGCUGACGAGCCAGCAUCCUUCAGCUGCUGUACUUAAGGCCGAGCACCAGCGGGGCUGGAACAGAGCAGAUCCCAUCCCGGAGAGAGGCAGGAAUAGGGAUACCCAAAGCAUCCGCACGGAGAAGAUGCUGCCAGCGACGUUCAAGCUCUGUGCUGCCAUCUCCUACCAGCACCUAAGGAACAUGAGGGGUCUCCGGAGGCAAACGGCCGUCACCAUCGGGCAGGAGCUGGGCAGGAUCCUGUGCCGCAGCCCCGGCCCUGGGCCCUGGAUCAGCCACGUGCGCAGGAGGAGCUCCUUGCUCAGCUCAAGGCUGGAGGAGAAGCCCUACAGCGAGAUGGAAAUGUCUUACAUCAAACAAGGGGAGGAAGCGCUCCAGAAAUCCCUGAGCAUCCUUGGGAACCAGGACGGCUGGAAGAUGGAGACGGAGGUGGGGAACGGAGACAAAGUGCUGAGCAAGGUGCUCCCGGACGUGGGGAAGGUUUUCCGGCUGGAAGUGGUGCUGGAUCAGCCCCUGGAUGCAGUGUACAGUGAGCUGGUGGAUAACAUGGAGCAGAUGGGAGACUGGAACCCCAGCGUCAAGGAGGUCAAGAUCCUGCAGAGGAUUGGCAAGGACACACUCAUCACCCAUGAGAAGGCAGCUGCUCCCCCCGGGAACAUCGUGGGACCAAGGGACUUUGUGAGCGUCCGGUGCUCCAGGAGACGCGGCUCCACUUGUGUCCUGGCUGGAAUGGCCACACAGCACAGAGCUGUGCCCGAGCAGGAGGGCUUUGUAAGAGCAGAGAACGGCCCCACAUGCAUGCUGCUGCGCCCGCUGCCCGGCCGGCCCUCGCACACCAAGCUCACCUGGCUGCUCAGCAUCGACCUCAAGGGUUGGCUGCCCAAGAGCAUCAUCAACCAGGUCCUGGCCCAGACCCAGGUGGACUUCGCCAACCACCUCCGGCAGCGGCUGGCAGGGAUGGGGACCCCUGGGUGCUGAGCAGGAUUGGGCCCCCAGGGGAAGGAGGGGAGCUUGUAGUGGGCAGGCAACGUAACCAGAGCUUGUGCUCAUCAACCCAGGCCUUUAAUAGUACCCAGUGCUAAUGAGCACCUGAAUGAAGCCGUCCUCAUUGAACUGAUGAGUUAGUAGGGGCUGAGCAUAAACUGAGCCCUGCAUUUGCUCCACUGGCCCCUGCAACCUCCCUAAUGAAUGACUAUUAAUAAAUGAAGCUCCAAUGAUGGGUGUUUACUAUUAAAGGCCUUGGUGAGUGAGUUGUUAGGGAGAUUGCAGCCACCAGAGUGGGAAGGUAAAAGGAUGAGCACAGGGACUUGCUUUAAACCCUCCCCUUUUCCUCUCCUCCUUCCCCCAAACCCAGUUCUGUUCCCUCCUCCCUGAGUGAAGCAGCUCUAAUUUAUUGUCCCUGUACAGACACACAGCAAGUGUCCCAUUAUUUAUUCAGUUAAAGCUCUGGAAUGAUGCUCACUGGCCUUGGAACUUGGCAAUGCAGUGAGGAGGAGGAGGAGAUGUUCACAGUGAGAGAUCUCCAGAACGUGGCUGCUUUGAGUGGAAAUCUCAUUUUUAACAAGAAAGAAGAAGAAAAAAGAAAAACCAUCUUUAUUUUUCAACUAGUUUCCAGUUUGUUGGGGGGGAACAAUAUAUACACUU